AACAAUAAAGAGUGCGCGAAAUGUCGUCCACAUUUUACCCCAAGUCAGAGGCCUUUACCGAAUUUCAGACAAAGCUUCCAACGGACAACCUUCAACCGCGUCUUACGUCUUGCACCGUGACCAAAAAUAAUGAGAUUAUCGUUGUGGACCUGAAUAACAAAGUAGUCAAGAUAUUUGAGUUCUUCGGUGACGUCAUCAGAACCAUUGGAAAAGAUGGCGCUGUCAAACUUAAAUGCCCAUGGGACGUGACGUUGACCCCGACUGGAGAUAUAUGUAUAACGGAAGUUGCAAACGCGUGUAUCCGGGUGUACUCCAGCGUAGGGAAAUAUCUCUACAGCAUAGGCUGCUGUGGGGAGGUGAAUAAGCACGCUGAGCGAACCCUCCAAACGCCACCCAAGACAUUCAAUGCUACACCUAAUUCAAAAGCAACAAACCGGCAAGCAUCGCUGGACGUUAUACAAGAAGAGUCGUUAGACACAGAGGAAUCUCCUGUGGGUUAUGACCACCUGCCUUUCUUCCCGCGUGGCAUAGACUAUCACGUAACAGGGAAUUUUGUUAUCAGCAACUCUCCACCAAUUCACAGUGCCCUUUGCCACAGCAUCUACGUUAUAAAACCAGCUGACGGAUCCACCGUUUCCAAACUGAUUGGCGCAUUUUCUCGGCCGCUGUACCUUGCAUGCCACCCUUUAAAUAACUCUCUCCUCGUGUCAGACACCUACCGGUCCAUGGUGGCGUCCUACGAUCCCAUCGGUAGGUGUCAGUACCAGUACGGUAACUACGGAACAGGUCCGCAGCAACUGGCUGCCCCGCACGGAAUAUGCGUCGAUAGGGAAGGCAUGGUUUACAUAGCUGACCAUGGCAACCACAGAAUAGUCAUUCUAAGGGAUGGAAAGUUAUCCCGCUUUAUUUACGGGGGAAUCAAAUACCCGACAAGCGUGGCUUAUUCUACAACCGGGCACUUAAUUGUCACGGAACAACAUGGGACGGUCAGGCUGUUUAAUCUGCCACGUAAAAUUAAGUAGGGCCUCUGCAAGGAUAUUGAUGACCGUUCAGGGCCCAGUCGACACCACGGGCAAGCCCAACAGGCAGUCACGCUUUUGUCAUGACAUGAAAUCCAUUCACUUUUGCCAGUUAAAAUAUUAAUGAAGUGGCAGUAGAAAGUUUACACUUAUUUUACGCUUUUAGUUGCUGUUGACAUAAUUAAAAUAAACAUUGUCAUUAUUGAAGUCUUAAUAAAAUGUUUUAAAUUUCAAGUUAACAAUCCAGUCAGAAGAGCAAUGUUUACAUUACUUUCGUACAGAUUCGUGAUGAUUCCUGUUGCACCCUGUGGUUUACGGACUACGGUUUCUGGCGGAAUAGACCUACUGGCCAUUCCUGCCACACCGGUUUCAAUCAGCAGCAACGACAAUGCACAGCGUAAAAAUUUUUUUAAAAGGGCCAGUUCCAAUCACGAUACCUUUCGUUCUUUAUUCGUAUUUUGCUGAAAAUGUUCUUUAUCAAAUUUGUGUCCUCACUGAAAUUCGUCAAAAUUACAUUAUUGAUGUCUGUAAACGGUAGUUACGUAGCCCUACAUGUAGGCCGCCCCUACGCAUGUUUGUAGGCCCCACGUAUUUAAAUAUAUAAAAUAUUAUAUGUCAGCUUUGAGACAAAUCAUAUCACCUAGCUACA